AUGACUGAAUUUAAAAAAUUAUCUCCAAUUCAUCCCGGAGAAAUGUUGCGAGAAGAAUUUCUCGUUCCUUAUCAAAUUAGUCCCGAACAAUUAGCCCACGAUAUUAGCGUUUCAGUCAGAGAAAUUAAGCAAAUUUGCCAAGAAAAAAAAGGAAUAAGUCCUAAUAUAGCCACUCGUUUAGCCGUUUAUUUUGAUAUUGAAUUCAGCCAACUUGCCGGAAUGCGUUCAGACUCAAAAUACUCUAAUGAUGCUGGAGGUUCACAUAAUUUACGCGAAGAUUGUGGAACUUUGGGAAGAGGUUUUGAGAAAUUAGAGAGUUUAGAUGGCGAAAAAAUUACUGAUGAACUAACUAAAACUACUAGCAAAAGCGAAUUUGACACCAAAAAGUCUAUCUUAUUACAGAAAAUUAAUGAGAUUACUGGCGACUUACAAGCUAGAACUGCCGACCAAGCCAUGAGUCCACAUGUCGAAGAUAAAAUGCAAGAAUGCCGAAGAGAUUUAGACAAUUUAAGAAGUCAAAUAACAGGAACGGCUUAUAAGUGA